AUGUCCUAUCUCCUCCUCUCCUCUCCGGUCCUGUCCUCCCCGACCUCUACCAUUCGUGCUGAUCUGAUCUCUUGUACUCCCUCCCGUCCUGUUCUCUCCUGUCUAAUCCCGUCCAUUUCUACUUCAUUUUCUCCUUUCCAUACCUCGUCUACUCACAUAAUCGCAUUUCCCGUCUCUUCUCAGCACCCAUACUUAUCUGGCUCAUCGGUAAAUCCCCUAACAGAACAUUUUAAUGAUAUUUCCCAGUCAACUCAACCUGCGCCCAACCACCGCGAACCUUUCUCGGUCGGGAGGGCGCCUUGUAUUGUCCACAAACAACUCAGUCCCUACGAUGCCAGUCUGGAUCAUCAACUCGUCAGAGCGCACCCGCUUGUGGAUGCUCAGACAGACUUGACUCUAUGCCAUAAUUCUGGAGCCUCAGCUUGCCUUCCAGCCGACGGUCACCGGCCAUCGUCUGCCAGCUCUCCCCCGAAAAUGCGGGAGCCCCGCCGACCGACUUUCGGCUCAGGCUUGAGACCAAGCUCUGCCCUGAGUGACACGCUAGUGAACAAUGCAGAUCUUGGUUGCCGGGUAAAAGCUACCGAUACCACAAGAUACGGCCGAUACAGUGCUAAUGGAUAUGAUUCGGAAGAAAUGGUUCGUUUAAGGUGUUCAGUUGACGCCCGGAACUCGCAAGCACCAGAUCGACCAAAACUAAAUUCACUUAGUAGGACAGCUCUUUUAGCUCGCUGGAAAGGACUGGCAUGUUCGGCCGCGGAAGAAUCGUUUUCGUAUGCGUCUAAGAACGAAAACGCGAAUGACUUGGCAGUUUGUGGAGGAACGAACUCACUGGAUGAAUCUCAAAAGUUGGAAUGUGAUCGGCUCGAGACCUCAGAUCUUCGUGGACAGUCGAAUCGUAGGGUAGUUUGCAGAGACAACCGAGUUGCCAAGGCGUCUCAGUGGGUGAAGCUAGAAGGAGAGGAUGGGGGUUGUGAAGACGAUGAUGAUCCACACUCCUACGCUGCUGUAAUCGACCGGGAAAAUCAAAAGAGCAGACAGCUACUCAUUUCGAAUUCGAAAGAUGCUGAUGGGGCUGGUCCACAUCCAUGGAGGCCGAACCAAACGAAUUAUUCUUUCGACGUCCUCCCUUCUUUGCCGCACAGAUCCAAAGAUUCUGGAACUCGUGGGCCAAAUAAAGAUGCGCCGAUGAAGGAACGAAGCCCAGUCUCCUCCACCCAUGCAAAGUCAAAGCAAACAUCAGAAAAGAGGUCACAAUCCCAUCAGAGUCUCGACAAAAUGCAAUCUGGUGCCUGUGCGAUAACAGAUUCUGAUAGAUUAAACUGGUCUUUGAGGAAAGAAGCAUCGAUAACUCACACAAAAUCUCCCUCCUCCUAUCACAAAUUUCCUCAGGAACAGAUCAGGACUUUUCCCAUCGUAACUCUUCAUGAGUGUAUCUGA